CAGAUACACAAGCACCAAAUAUUUUUCUAUUUUAAGCUUAUGUAAAAUAACUUCACUUAAUUAAAAAAAUUAUAAGCAAUUUUCUAAAACUCACUCAGUUUCUAUUAGUUAACUAAUCAGUAUAAUGUAAAAGAAUGUUUCAGAAAGCUUAGUUUAUGAACGAGAAUCAACGUGGAAAUGAGUAACUUGAUGGGUUGUUCUUAAGCGAUUUCAGGGUGUUUAUUCCGACUUCCUUUUCGUGGAUUAAAAUAAAGAUGUUUUUUAGCUUUAUUGCCAAAAACUAGGGGAUCAUUAUCAUGACAACAAUGUUCGUCAUAAAGCAUAUGACAAAACACAAGUUCGAUUUCUAUACACCUUUACUGCAGUUUUAUUCUUCAAAACAACGAACCAGAGCACCAUAUAUAUCUGAUAAUCGUUUCUGUGCUACAUUUACCUUUUUCAUUUAGUAAACUUGAGUUAACAUGAUUAAUCAGUGAUUUUUUUUCAUAAGUGAAUUUGAAAACACAGGGAAUCGAAUAAUUACCGCCUAACUGCCAAUUACAGGUUCCUAUCUACAGAUGGACUAAAUAAAUUUCAGGUGUGCCAAUUAUAACAGUAUUCAAAUAACGGGUUGGAAAAUCUAAACGCUCAGUGUAAAUAUUUUCGCAGAUAACAAUCAUAAGAUCUUGCCUAAACCUCUAUUUUUUUUAGGAACUGAAAUGUUGUUACCGUCGAUAGUCAGUUCACCGCUAAAACUUUUGUGUUUAAUAUUCAUCCUUGCUGGUGCUUUGUACAUAUAUUACUUGGUGAUUACAAGUUCAAGUGAAGUCAAGCCAGUGUUUACCAUCAACUUUACUUCAAAUAUUCAGAAGCCAUAUGAAGAGGUAGUCUGUAACAGAUUGAAGUACAAACGAGUUGGUCGCGUUAAACUUUCCCUGGAACCAUUAUCUUGGUCACAACUGAAAGUCAAAUAUGCAUCACCUCAACCAGAUGACUAUAUCACUUCGCCAGAAAAAAGAAGUAUGAACGAGUUAUUUGGAUCAUUUUACGGGAAAUUUGUUGCAACAUUGCUUGUUUCCAGUACAUCGAACAACAAUCAAGGAAAUAUCGCCCACGACAGGUCAAAAAGUUACAGCACUGUCAGAGAAUAUAAUUCACCAAAUAUAUGGUCUCCAUUGGGUUGUUCUGCCAAUAUUUCCGCAGCAAUAAUAAUCCCAUAUCGUAAUCGUGAAGAACAUUUGAGAAUCUUGACAAAUCAUUUGCAUGGAUUUUUACGGCACCAGAGGGUAUCGUAUACCAUUUUUGUUAUUGAACAGAUUGGUACAACUAAGUUCAAUCGUGGUGCUCUACUUAAUUCUGGGUUUCUCGAGGUUUCCAGGUUUCAGGAAUACGACUGUUUUGUUUUGCAUGAUGUGGACAAAUUACCUGAAGAUGAUCGACUCACUACUGGCUACAAAUUGCUAUAUUCCGGAUUUUUCGGCGGCGUUGUAGCUUUCACUCGAGAGCAGUUUCGUAAAGUGAACGGAUUUUCAAAUUUGUAUGAAGGGUGGGGUGGUGAAGAUGAUGACCUGCUGAUUCGCGUAGAAAAAUCUGGAUAUAAAAUAUCUCGAGUCAGAGCAGAAAUUGGUCGUUAUUAUUCUCUAUCACAUGAGGUAGAUAAAUUCAAUGAAAUGAAUCCAAAUCGUUUCGACUUACUGAAAAAUGCAUCACAGCGUCUCGAAAGCGACGGACUAAAUAGGGUGAAAUACACUGUUGUCAAUUCGAAAUCUACAAGAAUAAUUGAAAAUGAUGGUUUGUGUAUAUGCUGGAUGAAUUAUCUUGACGCAACCACAGAAACUCAAACAAUUUUUUAG